AUCCUGGUGAACGGCACCUUCUACGAGGAGUUCCCGCACCGGCUGCCCCCGGAGCAGGUGACGGCCGUCAACGUGGACGGGGACCUGGAGCUGCACUCGGCCUCGGUGCUGGGGGGCACGGUGAGACCCCAAAAACAGCCUGCACCCCAAAAACGGUGUAUUUGGGAUUUCUGGAUCCUGGUGAACGGCACCUUCUACGAGGAGUUCCCGCACCGGCUGCCCCCGGAGCAGGUGACGGCCGUCAACGUGGACGGGGACCUGGAGCUGCACUCGGCCUCGGUGCUGGGGGGCACGCCCGUCCCCUUCAUCGCCACCAUCCCGGGGGGGCUGGUCCCCAAAAAAACCGUCAUCAUCAAGGGCUUUGUCCCCCACCACGCCAACAGGUACCGGGGACCCCCGAAGACCCCUCUGUCGAUCCGCUGCGGGAACCAUCGCUUCAAGGUGUUCGUCGAGGGGCAGCGGCUCUUCGAUUUCCACCACCGGGUGCCAGCCGGGCCCCACGUGGACGUGCUGGAGAUCGAGGGCGAUGUCGUCCUGUCCUAUGUCCAUUUCUGACCCACGAGUGUCCUGUCUCUGUCCCAUAAUUGCCCUGUAAUUGCCCCCCAUAACUGCCCCAUAAUUGUCCCAUAACUGGCCCUCAGCUGCCCUCUCCCAACACCGACCUCAAUA